AUGGACGUGGUGACAGGCAACGGCAAUCCUGGACUCGAGGGGCAGAGCCGCUACGUCCCGCCGUCCGGGAUGUCUGCCAAGGAGCUCUGCGAGAACGAUGACCUAGCAACCAGCUUGGUUUUGGACCCCUAUCUGGGUUUUCAGACCCACAAAAUGAACACGAGCGCCUUUCCUUCGAGGAGCUCAAGGCAUAUUUCAAAAUCGGACAGUUUUCCUGCCAACAAUCCUGUCAGGUUCCGGCCUAUUAAAGGGAGGCAGGAAGAACUGAAGGAAGUGAUUGAGCGUUUUAAGAAAGAUGAGCACCUGGAGAAAGCCUUCAAGUGUCUGACGUCAGGCGAAUGGGCACGGCACUAUUUCCUUAACAAGAACAAGAUGCAGGAGAAGUUAUUCAAAGAGCAUGUAUUUAUUUACUUGCGAAUGUUUGCAACUGACAGUGGAUUUGAGAUACUUCCUUGUAAUAGAUACUCUUCAGAGCAAAAUGGAGCCAAAAUAGUUGCAACGAAAGAGUGGAAACGAAAUGACAAAAUAGAGUUACUGGUGGGUUGUAUUGCCGAACUUUCAGAGAUGGAGGAGAACCUGCUACUACGCCACGGGGAGAACGACUUCAGUGUCAUGUACUCCACGCGGAAGAACUGCGCGCAACUCUGGCUCGGCCCCGCUGCCUUCAUCAACCACGAUUGCAGACCUAACUGUAAGUUUGUGUCUACUGGCCGGGACACCGCAUGUGUGAAGGCUUUAAGAGACAUCGAGCCUGGAGAGGAAAUCUCUUGUUACUACGGAGAUGGGUUUUUUGGAGAAAACAAUGAGUUCUGUGAAUGUUACACUUGUGAAAGACGGGGAACUGGUGCUUUUAAAUCCAGAGCAGGACUGCCUACUCCUGCUCCUGUCAUCAAUAGCAAAUACGGACUCAGAGAAACCGACAAACGGUUAAAUAGGCUUAAAAAGUUAGGGGACAGCAGCAAAAAUUCUGACAGUCAAUCUGUCAGCUCUAACACCGAUGCAGAUACCACUCAGGAAAAACACAGCGCAACUUCUACCCGAAAAUCUUCAGUUGGUGUGAAAAAGAACAAGAGCCGCACACUGACCAGGCAGUCUCUGUCUAGAAUUCCAGCUUCGUCCAACUCUACCUCAUCAAAGCUAACUCACAUAGACAAUGCCAGGGUACCAAAGAAACUGAAAAAGCCUGCCAAGCCUUUACUGUCCAAGAUAAAAUUAAGGAAUCACUGCAGACGGCUGGAGCAAAAAAGUGCUUCCAGAAAACUUGAAAUGGGAAACUUAGUACUUAAAGAGCCUAAAGUAGUUCUGUAUAAAAAUUUGCCCAUUAAAAAAGACAAGGAACCAGAGGGACCAGUACAAGCUGAAGUGGCCAGUGGGUGCUUGACCAGACACGCAGCAAGAGAACACAGACAGAACUCCGUGAUAGGUGCUCACACGCAGGGUGAGGGCUCACCCUGCUCUUACAUCACCCGGCGGUCAGCGCGGACGAGGCUGAGCCUGCAGGAGGCCUCUGACAUCAAGCUGGACCCAAACUCAGUGGACAGCUACAAAGACAGCACAGCAGAGCCGUGUGCCAAUGGGGACGGGCAGCCGCCCCCCGGAUUGCAGGAGGAGGACCUGGCUCGUGGAAACGUACAGAAGGGGGAUGCAAAGUGUCACCGGAGUGACACUGGCGUAGCAAAAAAGAAAUCGCGCCAAGGAAGGCUUGUGAAGCAGUUCACCAGAAUAGAGGGGUCUGCCCUGGUGCACAGCUCCCCCGCCAGAGACGGUGCAGGGCCGGAUGUGCCGGGCCCCCAUCCCGAGCCAGGGGAGCACAGUGGGACGGGGGGCCCGCCUGCAGGCCGUGCAGACUGGGCUCCCUCCGCCGGCGGCCACUCGAUGGUCACAGCAGACAGUUUCCAGGGCAAAGACGGCUUUAGGACUGCCAAAAGCAAGAAGAAACGGCGCAUCACGCGAUACGAUGCGCAGUUGAUCCUGGAAAACAGCUCGGGGAUCCCCAAACUGACCCUUCGCAGGCGUCAUGACAGCAACAGCAGGCCGAGCGAGCAGGAGAAGGAUGGGGUGAACUCUUCAAAGAUAAGCAUCAAGUUAAGUAAAGACCACGAGAGCGACAGUAACCUGUAUGUGGCCAAGCUGAACAGCGGCUUUAACUCGGGGUCGGGCAGCAGUUCCACGAAACUGAAAAUCCAGCUGAAACGGGACGAGGAGGGCAGGCCGUCGUACGCAGAGGGCCUCCACGAGAACGGGGUGUGCUGCAGCGACACGCUCUCUCUGCUGGAGUCCCGCAUGGAAGUCGGCGACUACAGUCAGUACGAGGAGGAGAGUACCGAUGAGUCCUCGUCCUCAGAGGGCGACCAGGAGGAAGAGGACUACGACGAUGACUUUGAAGAUGACUUUAUUCCUCUCCCCCCGGCGAAGAGAUUGCGGCUGAUCGUUGGGAAGGACUCCAUUGACAUUGACAUUUCUUCAAGGAGAAGAGAAGACCAGUCCUUGAGGCUCAACGCCUGA